AUGUUCAUCGCUCUGUGGUACGCUGCGGUAGCCGGUGCCGUACAAGGAGCUUCCGCCCAAUUCGAUGAGGGACAUCUCCAAAAGCCACUGAAAGCUGAUGACCGACCUUUCAACUGGCACAAUGUUGGUAGAUCAUUCUCAUCAAGCCUCGCCUUCGCUGUUCCGUAUCACGAAUCAGGGUACUGACCUGCUCUCAAGAUAGAGCCGAGCACUCAUCUGCAGUAUGUGCCAUGCUAUAACGGACUCCAGUGUGCCCGCUUGCACGUACCGCUGAACUGGAAUGCUUCCAAGGAAGAACAGCUGCAAAAGCGUGCCGCUAUUGCCAUCGCCAGACUCCCUGCAAAAGUCUCCGUGAACCAUCCUGACUACGGCGGGGCGAUCCUGAUUAACCCUGAAGGACCCGGCGAGUCCGGAGUUGAUCAUGUCAUUUCUCGCGGCCGAGCUAUCCAGACUAUCGUCGAUGCGUCUUCCGAUCCUCCAGUUGCAGAUCUCGAAGACAAUCAUCCAAGCAAGUUCUUUGAUAUCCUGGGAUUUGAUCCGCGUGGUGUCAAGUAUACUACGCCGUCGCUGGACUGCUUCUCCGAUGCUUUCUCACAACAAACAUGGCUACUCACACGCAUGGAUUAUGGAGCAAUGUUCGAGACGAACCCUUCGCUUGCUAUGGAAUGGGCUAGAACUGAGGUUUUGGGCCGAAGCUGCUCUCUGGAAGAUGAGGGGGGUAUUCUAAGAUACCUCAACACGCCUCAGGUUGUCAAAGAUAUGUUUGCGUUCAUCGAGGCCCACGGAGAAUGGAGAGAGACGAAAGUCGAGGACAUGGUCAUCUCGGGCAAAGAAUCUUAA